UCCAGGAGCCAGCCCUCUCGGCCCGCCUGGCAGGUAAGCGCUCAGCCUCGCCCACAGCUGCUUUUGCUGCCAGGGAGGAUCGGAGUUACCUGCUGCCAGCCCGUGGUGGGCAAAAAGUGCCUGGAGAUUGCUCGCAGACUGCUCCGCUUCUGUCUUUUCGGGAGAAGCUGCAGCUGAGGAGGCUCCACAGGGUCAUCUUGUCUUCAAAGAGUAACGUCAGGGGAAGGUGCUGCUGAGAACCAUGAUGUCCCUGGGUGUCAAUAAAGGACAUGCCAUUCCAUCCACUGAUGAAGACCGCAGGAGGAUCAUUAGGCAGAUGAAGGUUCGCACCACCCUGAAAGGAGAUAAAAGCUGGAUCCACCACCAUAACUCGGACUCUGAGGAUGAGAAGAAGAGCGUUCCGCUGUCGGGACUGGCCAGUGGGGGAUCUCCAGCCUCAACACCUACUGCUCCCCAGAGCGACAGGUCUCCUGCCGCCAAGCCUCAGUCUGGUUACCUCAUCAGAGGGGUAUUCACAAGAACCAUCGAUAAGACCUCUUCCAUGCCAGAUUCUUCAUCUCCUAAUGAACCACAAAAACGCCCUGCCGUGAAGGGGCACAGCCUGAACCGUUCCUCCUCUGGCUACAGGAUGACCACUGAGGAUUACAAGAAACUAGCUCCCUACAAUGUCAAGCAAAAAUCAGUGGACGUGGAUGAGGAGGACGUGCCUUUUACUCCAGAUGAACAUAAAAAGAGGACAGAGGCGGCCAACAGUGUCCUGAGACGCACUGCCAGCAGGGAACGUGCUUAUGUCCUCUCAGCUGCCAAGAAAAGCAACGGCAGCCCAACACAAGAAUUCCCACCCUUGUUCGCCAAGAGAAUUGAGAUAGAAGAAGAGGAAGGACAGCAGAGGAGGAGUCCAACUGGGUCUGGGUCAUGCAGGUUUAUGCUGGAUCACCACAGUACUAAUGGGCUAAGAAAAAACACCACUGAGUCUUCCUGGAAUGAGCCAAAGACAGCAGCAGUGUCUCCCUCCAGCACUGAACGAGGCAGUCAGAGCCAAACAGCCACAGCCUCAACUGAAACUUCAGAGCAAAGCUCCACUGCUGCUGAAAUCAGAAAUGGUGAAAGCAGGCAGGCUUCUACUGGGAAAUCCUCAUCUGAAACUGUGCCACAGCGUGGGGACGGUGACAAACCUCUGAAGGAAAAGUCUGAGCUCUUCCCAUGGGAUGAAACGGCCUCCAGAGCAACCGUGGUCUCCACAAAUGGAAGUUAUUCUGAACACACAGAAGCUGACAAUGGAUAUUACCCACCAAAGUCUAGCUUGCAGUCAGAUGUCCCUUCUCCUACUGAGAGAGCCCCUGUGCACCUAGAGGGCACAGAAUCUUCCUUUAAAAGAUCUAUCCUGGGCUUCGAGGGGAGAAGCAGCACCCCAGAGAGCAGAUACACAAGUCCUGAGGUCCCACCAUACUCCAAACCCUACUGGAGUGAAGCAACAUCUUCCCAGGAUUUCAAAGAGGAGAACACCCCUGGAGAAAGGGGGCACGAGACCACACAGACCUCUGAUGACUAUAAACCAGAGCUGAUCCAAGAAGGGAUUUUGGACUCAACCAACCCUACUGAGAAGGGACAGGAUCCUCCUGACUAUGAUGUCCGCUCAGAGCCUGCCAGGCUGACGGAACACACUGAACGUGACCCAAGCAUCACAAGGUCCAGCUCUCUACCCAGAGAAAGCAGCAGCCCUGCUCCAGAGACCCAACAUCCAAAUGGAUCUGAUGUGUACCUGGACAGAGCCACCCCAGCUUACGGAGAACAGACCCACCCCACCUCAGAGAGUCACCGUGAGAGCCCAGGAGACUGGAGACACUACGAGCCUAACCCAGUGGCAGCCAGCAGGUCUAACUUCAGCUCCAAAGAGAAUCCUCUCAGUGCAUAUGAGAUCCAGCAUCCCAUGACACUGUACACAGAUCGCCAGCCUCCCAACAACAACGUGUUGACACCCAGUCACAGGAUACCGUCCUAUGUGGACAGCCAAGCGUUCAGCACCAGGAGGCCUACCCCAGAUUACGACGGGAGAGUUUAUGAUGGAAGCAGCAGCCCUAGGAACAGCAGAUACGACAGCACUGGUGCCAGGGGACACUCUGAAUUUAACCCCAUAGCUGGACGCCACGACUCCUUUCCCAGAGAUACCACCAUGUCCAUUUCCCAGAGAAGCCACAGGGUGCCGUUCUACAUGGACACCUUAAACUAUAACAGCACCAGGCUUCUCUCAGGUUCGAGCGAGAGGAUCUGCAGUCCGAUGGCCACCAUCCAGCCCAGCAGCCCAGCAGCCUCUGGGUACCAGCCCGAUUCCAACACUGUCGGAAAAGGGGUCCUCUUUGUGAAGGAAUACGUGAACAGCAGCGAGCUCUCAGCCUCCCCACGCUAUAGCAGUGGCAGCUUUGGGGAUUUGACCGAUUUGGAGAGAUCAGCCUACAGCCACCACAGCUACCUGUCCAGCGCUCCCCUGCAGUGGUCCUCUGACCCUGUUUGCAGUUACUGCAGCCGUGAGAUCCGAGACUGCCCGAAGAUCAUAAUAGAGCACCUUAACAUCUGCUGCCAUGAAUACUGUUUCAGGUGUGGAAUUUGCCAUAAAGCAAUGGGAGACCUUCUGGAUAAAAUGUUCAUCCACCGGGACAUUGUCCACUGUGACAAGUGCUAUGAGAAGCUUUUCUAGGGUUUUGCAAAGCUGGAGAAAGCAGCCAGUGGAAAGUCCUCAGCAGCAUGGAUCGGAAUGCAUCUAGCAGUUCCUGACUGGCUAAGAUAGCAGAAUUCCUGCUCCCUCCUUUCCUCAAGUUAUUUUUCCCUCUCGCUGCCUCAUCACAAUGACUUUAACGUCCGCUAAGUUUGUGCCAUCAGCUGCAUGCAAGACAAGUGCCAGCGUUAACAAGAUAAGGCAGUGUCACCUACAGAGAUAAGUGGGCUGAUUUUCCAAAGGUGCUGAGCCCCUCCACCUGUCUUUAACUUCAUUGUGAUUCCAGAGUGUUCCGGUGCUGGAAGUCAGGCAGAGCUCCAGGUCUAUUGGAGCUAAUUGCCAGAAACCUUUCCGUAUUUUCUUUUCCCUUUCAUUUCUGCAGUCAGGCUGCAGCUCUGUGCGUGUGAGCUGGCACAAAGCAAGCGGAUACUAGGAGAGUUAAACACUAAAUAUGGAUUCUUGGAAGGGUUUGGGUUAAGUUCUUUGCAAAAGCCUAUUUCUGCUUCUCUCACCCUCAAAUUCUGCCUAGAAAUAGCUUCUGCCUGAUUUUCAUUUGCUUUCCAGGGGCUUUCAGGAGCACUUGCAGACUCAUCAUACUUGGAUUGUGUGUCAGCUUCCAUUUGCCUUUCUUGUCCACUCCCUGGUGGAUUGCUGCGGCAGCUCGCGUGCCUGCUGUCUGUCUGGGAAGAUAACGUUCCCUCUCACCUGGCAGUUUAACUUGGCUGCUGAUGGCAAGUGUCUUGUGGCCGUAGAAAACGUGCCGGAGAGCCGCUAUCUCCCUUGCCUCUCCUGACACAGAGCUCUGCUUGGCUGAAAUUGGAAUUCCUCCGCUCGCCAAGGCUUGCCGUGGUGCCUCUUAGCACUGCAAAUGAUUUACAUCGCAAAUGUUCAACUGUAACACUGAACGGCUGGCAGAUGCUGUACUUAUAAAAGUCAGAAUCGCAUAAUUUUAGCCCUCAAUUCAGCUGCCGAGAAGCUGAGAAAGCUGAAUACCGACACCUGAACGCCAGCCUUCAUGCCUUAAAUGCAGAGCUCUGCAUGUGGCCAGGAUUACUCCUCUCUCCAACAGCAUUAGGCCUGUCUGGAAAGCCCCCACCUUAGAUCGGGGGUGGCUCUGACACAGAAGCAGGUGAUGGCAAAGGCUCAGACUGGCGUUAGCCAGGGGUUCCUGUAUGCGCUUUGUGGUGGGAGCUGGCGGGCACGCAAGGGAGCGUUUUACAGCGCAAGUGCUGCUUUGCUUUUUUAGGCCACUAUACCAAUUAUUUAACCGAACUAGAAGCAAGAACUUAGAAGCAACUCCAUGUGGGGAACUCCAGCGGAAAGCAGUAACAGCUCUGCUCCUGGCGAGCUUCAGGUUGAGACUGUAAAACCGGGUCUGUGACAGGGGAGUGGGCAGCUCCGUUCUGAGAGUGUGUAGUCCAACCGGGGCACCACCAACCCCCUGGACCUCAGCAGUCCUGAAGGCGUGGUAUUCAAAACACCUGCUGAUGGUGGCUGCCACGUUUCUAAGUUAUCAAUAAGGUAAAGAGACGUUAUUUCUGAACAGAAAGAGGGUCACAAAGCAUCUUGGCUCCCCAGAUGACUCAUUUCUGAAACCACAGCCAGUGUUUCCUUUCCGGUACCUGCACUGCAGCGGGGAAGGCCGGGUAUGGCGGCUGUUCUGCAUCGCACUGUGCCACGGCCAAAGGGGGAUUGCCUAAAACACCAAAACAGACAGGCCGGUAAACACAGGUAGACUUUGAGAAGAUGAUCUGCAGGAAUAACAACUUAUUCACUGAUUCCAGAGUUCCUGACGGGGCCUUACAGGGAACAGGAUUUGUCCGUUGGACAUUUGGCACCAUCUCUCCUCAGCAUUGUGUUUCCCUGUAGCAAUUGUUUCACCUCUGCAAACAGCUCUAAUAAACAGCCUUAGCUCAUGUGCAGCUUCUUCACCGUGUAA